CCUCGUCUCCCUCCCGCUCCUGGGAAAGCAAAGCUGCGGCUCCCGGGGACGGGGUUGAGAGACGCCGUCGGCCCCUCGGGCAGGGACGGGACCGCGCCCGCCCCCUCGCCCCCUCGCCGCCGUGGAGCGUCGCAGAUAGAGGAGGACAGGUGUGAGGCCAGCACACCGUUGACUCAAUGGGGCUUCGUUGGUUACAAAAUGUCCUCUUAUGCUUGAGAUCUACAGACUAUAUGUUCUUCAGGAACUGAUCAGCGGUUCUCACCUUCUGGAAGAACAUUACAAGCAUAAGUAUGGUGCCAAAACUCGUCGUUCUCUGACCGGUGACUUGGACACACUUCUGUGUUGAAGAGAAGUGUACAGGCUGAGGUCACUCACUGUUCAGAGACUGCUGUGUAGGAACAUGGACCAUUCUAACAGGGAAAAGGAUGAUAGACCACGGACAACUAAAACCAUGGCACAAAGGAAUACACACUGUUCCCGACCAUCUGGCACUUCAACAUCCUCUGGGGUUCUUAUGGUGGGACCCAACUUCAGGGUUGGCAAGAAGAUAGGGUGUGGGAACUUCGGAGAGCUCAGAUUAGGUAAAAAUCUCUACACCAAUGAAUACGUAGCCAUUAAACUGGAACCAAUAAAAUCACGUGCCCCACAGCUUCAUUUAGAGUACAGGUUUUAUAAACAGCUUGGCAGUGCAGGUGAAGGCGUGCCACAGGUUUACUACUUCGGACCGUGUGGGAAGUACAAUGCCAUGGUACUGGAGCUCCUUGGCCCCAGCUUGGAAGACUUGUUUGACCUCUGUGACCGGACGUUUACUUUGAAGACGGUGUUAAUGAUAGCCAUCCAGUUGCUUUCUCGAAUGGAGUAUGUGCACUCAAAGAAUCUCAUUUACCGAGAUGUCAAACCAGAGAACUUCUUGAUUGGCCGACAAGGCAAUAAGAAAGAGCAUGUAAUCCACAUUAUAGACUUUGGACUGGCCAAGGAAUACAUUGAUCCUGAAACCAAAAAACACAUACCUUACAGAGAGCACAAAAGCUUAACUGGAACCGCGAGAUACAUGUCUAUCAACACACAUCUGGGCAAAGAGCAAAGCCGGCGAGAUGAUUUGGAAGCCCUAGGCCAUAUGUUCAUGUACUUCCUUCGAGGCAGCCUACCCUGGCAAGGACUCAAGGCUGAUACAUUAAAAGAGAGAUAUCAAAAAAUUGGUGAUACCAAAAGGAAUACUCCCAUUGAAGCUCUCUGUGAGAACUUCCCAGAGGAGAUGGCAACCUACCUUCGAUAUGUCAGGAGAUUAGACUUCUUUGAAAAACCCGAUUAUGAGUAUUUACGGACCCUCUUCACAGAUCUGUUUGAACGGAAAGGCUAUACCUUUGACUAUGCCUAUGAUUGGGUUGGAAGGCCUAUUCCUACUCCUGUAGGAUCAGUUCAUGUAGAUUCUGGUGCAUCUGCAAUAACUCGAGAAAGCCACACACACAGGGAUCGACCGUCACAACAACAACCUCUUAGAAAUCAGACUGCAUCAUCAGAGCGCAGAGGAGAGUGGGAAAUCCAGCCCAGCCGGCAGACCAAUACCUCAUACCUGACGUCUCACUUGGCCGCAGACCGCCAUGGGGGUUCAGUACAGGUGGUUAGCUCAACCAAUGGAGAGCUGAAUGUUGAUGACCCCACUGGAGCUCACUCCAACGCACCGAUCACAGCUCAUGCCGAAGUGGAGGUUGUGGAGGAAGCUAAGUGCUGCUGUUUCUUUAAGAGGAAGAGGAAGAAGACGGCUCAGCGACACAAGUGACCAGUGCCUCCCAUGAGUCCUCACGUCCUGGGGACUCUGGAUCCAAUUGCACCUGCAGCUCCUGCCAUUUCUCGUCGGAAGGGACUCCUGUGGGGGAGGGGAGAGAUCCAGACCAAAAAGAAGAAAACAGAUGCCCCCAGAAGGAGCCAGUGCAGGCAGCCAGGGCCGAGUGGGCAAGUGGCAAUCCUCUCUGUCUGAGCUCUGAGCGGUCCAGAGCUGCUGCUUCUCCACUGCUUGCCCUUGGGCUAUCUGGUUGACUCUCUUCCCAUUGUUUACAGUGAAGGUGUCAUUCACAAAAACUCAAGGACUACUGUUCUCCCCCUUCCUCUUCCUUUACUCCUGGCUCUUGCACCAUCCUCAACCCUCUCCAGCAUAAAAACUACUAAGAUAAAGGCUCUAUCAAGAAGCUGGUGAUGGGGCCAAGAAGAUAGGGGAGAUGACAGCCCUGGGAUGGAGAACUUCUCCACUUCCCAGGUGUGUCUGGAAGUGUGGCUUCCUCUUCCUCUGUGCCUGGGUAACCCCUCAGCCCAGCUGGCCACAGGGUUCAGGUCCCUUCCUUCGUCCCUCCCUCCAUCUCUCCGUCCCUCCCUCCUGUGAAGUUACACCGUAGGACACAAGCUGUGAGCAGUCUGCAGUCUACUGUCCCUGUGUGUUGGCGUUCUUAGCUUUUGACAAGCAGAUCCCUUGCUCCGGACUGUAACGAACCAUUCCUGUGGUUCUGAGCAAAGGAAAGGAAACGGACUUUAUUGCACUUUUAGUUUUUUGGGGUUUUGUUUUUAUUUUAUAAACAACAUGGCAGAUGCAUAUUGUGUCCGGUUAUAUUGGGUGGUUGCUUUUUUCUUUUUCAAGGGGGGAUGGGCCAGCCAAGCCAUUCAAAGAAAAUGUGGGUCCAGAGGACAGUCUUGAUGGAAAGAGUCUGAUUGCAGCACUUGGAAGAGAAGAAGCCAAACUCUGUGUCAUCCUGAGUAAAUACUCAGGUUGGCAAGGAAGCAUACUUGAAUUUUCAUUCAUCUUCUCUGCUGCAGAAAAAAGUCCCCACCAGAGCCCCUGGACCUAAUCAGCCCAGAGCUUGAAAGCCCAGCUCCUGAGCGCCUGGGAUGAGGGGCACCGAGCCAGACUGUGACCAAGCAGAAGGCACCUCGUCUCAGAGAGGAGACACCUAACAAUAACUACAACAAAGCAAAAUUUCUGUUUCCUCCACAGCCAAGGUCGUCCCACUAGAUAGCCAUGUGACUUUCUGUUGACUCGGAAGACAAAAUUAGUGACUAAACAGCCACCACCAUAUUCCCAGUAGUGGACAAAAGAGGGCACCAAAUUUGCCUUCCAAAUGCUAGAGGAGCCUCGGGCUGCAUUAUCCUAGGCCAGGGAGAGAAAGUAAAUAUUUUCUGUCUGCCUGAAGUGAGCUACAACGUUUGGGUCAGUCUGCCUUAGAAACCACACCUGUGAUAAUCUUGCAGCUGCAGUAAGCAGGGAAGGUAAGGUUGGUUGGUGCUAGGAAAUCCCAGGGAAAAGGAAACUGAUGAAAAGGUCUAAAGUUUUAUCAAUUGAACAGUGACUCUGUCCAGAUAAUAUGACCACAUAUCUUAGCAAGUUCUCCACGGAACACUCUGCCUGCCACCGUGGCGUCUUCGCUGGACCAUGAGGCAUCACUGGUUACAUAGUUAACAGUGUGUGGGGUUACUCUUCCCACGGUUGUAUUUCAUUUGCGAUAAGUGCUAUUUCCAAAUACUGACACUUCUUAUACUAGUUGUGGCAGGAAGGACUGAUUAUUCACAUGGGGAAAGAGGUCUUGUGUCUGGGUACAAAGAGCUAUAACUACAGAGAACGGUGGCUAGUGACUUAGUGCAGCACAGAACUCUUUGCCUGUGUAGGUAGAGGACUGGAAGAUGUCGGGACACUUUGUGGUCAUGGAUCAAAUUUAGUAUCAAAUGAAGCAGAGUCUGUGUGCUUUACCUAGUCUAUGGACCUUGGCUGGGGAAUCUCCCCUCGCUGACUUCAAACCUGCUCAGCAUUGGUAAAUAUUGCCACCUGGGCAUUUCUUUACAAGAAAUGUUUUUUGCCUGUGAAACAGCGUGUCAGGGAGGAGUCAGGGCAGAGCCCUUUCCCGUAAGGAAUUUGUUAGGAUUUGCUUCCUUUUCACUAGAUAGCAGUUAGAACUCAUCACUGAAACUUUUAUAGUCCCUCGUUUGGCACGUGGGCAACUCGGACUUCCCCUACAGAAACUUAAACAUCCUCAUCCCAGGAAAUUGUGGCAAGGCCUAGGGCAUCCUGGCACUCUCUGCCCCACUAAGUGCCUCCCCCACCCUGCUUCCAAGGAAAAGCAAAGGCAGCGACCAGCCUGGCUGCAGGGUAGGGCGCCCUGCAGCUGGGCUUAAGAGUUCUUUUUUGUCUUAAAAUAUUUUUAUAGGCUAGCUCUUGAGGGGUUGAACCUGAGUGGUUUGUGGAUGUGGGGGAAGGCCCUUCCCAAUGUGCUGUUGGCACCCCCAGCACCCACAAAUCCCUUACUAGAUAUUUGGGGUUUUUUAGCAAAGAUCCCUUUAACCUGCAGGGUGGUGGUGAUCUUUUCAAGGCCAUUGGCGAUCCAAGGUGAUCCCACACCUGACUAAUUCUCUUCCCUAAAAUGAAGAUAUAACUGAACUGAAACAGUCUGCUCAUCAGACAGCCCCCACCCCAGCACACCCCUGUUUCUUUUACCUGCCUGACUGCAGGCUCAGCCAGACCCUCGGGCACAGGCACCGUCGACCUCCUUUCAUCCAAGUCUACUUGCUCCAUCUCACCUGUCACCUGAGGACGGUUUUAAGACGGAUGCAUUUACUUCCCCUUAAACCUAACUCAUCUGUUCCCUGAGACUGAAGGCAUUUGAUACUGCGCUAUUUGGAGUUCCCUCAAGCUUUGCUGUCGUUGAGACAUUGCAGUCUCAGCAGACUAAGGUCCAACCAGGCCAGGGUUACAGCAGGGUGUAAAGUGUCCAGUCAUACAAGUGGAUUUUCAGAGUUCUUACUCCAGACUGCCCACAGGCUGCACUGACUGUGCCAGCAGCUAGUGUGCACUUGUGACUGCCUUAAGUAACAUUCUUCUACUUCAGGUCUGUCUAGGAGCAAACAGGGUCUGUGAAGGUGUGUGUAAGUCAGGUGACUAGGUGAGUCUCCAGUUCAAGCUCCCAUUUCAGUUGGAACAAACUUCAGGAAACAGCAGGACACUGAGAUUUCUGAAUGUGUUAAUUUCCUCUUCAUUUUUAGUGACUGACAAGAAUUCAGAAUCAGCCCAUGCCCAUUAGCCAGACGGUGUCCGUCUUCUGUAAAGUAACUUCCAAUUUAGUUUAGAAGGAAAGUGUGUUAUAGUGUUGAUAUACAGUGUUAGCAACCACUUGAAAUGCCAGAAGUAUGCCAUGUUAAAGUGGUCGCUAAGGAUCAUAGCCUUAAUUAAAAAAAAAAAAAAUAAUGUAGAAGAUAAUUCAUUCCCCGCCAUGUUGAGCAAGUAUGGCCGCAUCUAAGAAUAACCUCCACAGAAGCCUAGGAAGCAUUUCCUCAAAGGAACUUGGUCUUAAUUAUUUUUGAUCCCUCCCUCCCAAGCCCAUAUGGCUCCGUGUCCCAGCCACCUCUUCCGUGUUCAUAAGUGAAACCAGUUUCUCAUUUCUGUUUAGCUGUUCUGAUGAUGCUUUGUCUAGUGUCAGUCAUGCCAUGGCCUGAAUUUUAAGACCAGGAGUUUGCAUGCUCAUAUAACCAGCGUUGCCUUUGCCAGGCCACUGCCACCAUCGCCUCCAUCCCCCCAGGUGGGCAGGUUGAUUCCAGAGACCCUCAGGGAGCCAGAAUAACUAGGACUGAAUAAUCUGGACUGGCCAUGUAGGCGAUGAGCACUUAUCUCUGGGUUUCUUGAUUUCACAGACUUAAAGGAAGUCCAGGUAGAGAUUGAUGGCCAAUAACUCCAGCCUUCCCCAUGAUGGGUUGGUAGGAAUCAAGUUAGAAUUCCUUUGUUUAUUGGGCAACUUUGUUUUAAGGGGUUAUUUUUUUAUUAUGAAGAAGAGGCCACCAUGGCCUUCUGUGAGUUUGUAAAGUUUUGAGCAGUGUUUUCAUCGCCAGUCUUGGGAGCCUCAGAUCCAAUAACCAGUCUGAAGGUGGUUUUUUUUUUUUUUUCCUACUUUUGCAGGUAACUAAGUACAGAAGAGUAGAGUUCUUAAUGUAUUCAAAAUAGUAAGUAGACCCCUAAAUAUAAGCAAUAGUAGCUGAAAUAUUUUCUCAGAAAAACAAAACAACCAGGAAACCCACUCCAGUACUUAUAGAUCAGAUAAUCAAGGGAAAGACAAUGAAUAUCCACUCGAUAUCAUUUACCAAACUUGGUCUUAUAAAGAAACCUCAGUUGUGUGGACAGAACACCGCCCUUCCCCCAUCUCUUUUCUGGUGCCAUUGCCACCUUUAGGGUCUAAGAGCAGAGGAUUAUCUGUGACAAAAGCCAGAAAGCACUGUGGUCAUCCCAGCAGUGCACAGACAACUGCCAUCCUGAUUGCCCCCAAACGCACCUUUCAGGGUCGGUGAAACCUUUUGGUGCCCCCCUUCAGGCGCUCCAGACCAAAUCCCAGGCCAUUCCAUGCACCAAAAACCUUUUAAAUGAAUGUCAAUUUCAAGUGUAUUUGAAAUGUUUCCUCCAGUAGACGGAUUUGAACAGCACUGGAGAAGACUCCUUCGCAGAGGAAAUAACCUUUGGAGAAAAUGGAAUGCGGGUCUGGAUAUGUUAUCUCAGAGUAGCCCGUUUCAUAGGGCAUCAUGACGACACAAAUGUGAUCUUUGACUAUACCUCUUCCCCUUGGGGAGGGAAGGACUCAGUUUGCACCUGUUUUGUAUGUAAAAUAAAAUGUCCUACCUUUCUUGGCUA